GAGCGUCAAGUCAUUCGUUUCAACGAUCUCAACUGAAAAUGUCUGGAAGAGGAAAAGGAGGAAAGGGACUCGGGAAAGGAGGCGCCAAGCGCCACCGUAAAGUUCUCCGUGAUAACAUCCAGGGGAUCACCAAGCCCGCCAUCCGCCGUCUGGCUCGCCGCGGCGGAGUGAAGCGUAUCUCCGGUCUGAUCUACGAGGAGACCCGCGGUGUGCUCAAGGUGUUCCUGGAGAACGUCAUCCGUGACGCCGUCACGUACACCGAGCACGCCAAGAGGAAGACGGUGACCGCCAUGGAUGUGGUGUACGCUCUGAAGAGACAGGGCCGCACCCUGUACGGCUUCGGAGGCUAAACCAACAACAUCAACCACACAACGGCUCUUUUAAGAGCCCCCCACUCGUCCUUAAAGAGCUCCUUUCCUCUACUAUUAUC